AUGAGUUCGACCAAGAUGGAGUCCAAGCAGACUGAUAUUCGGGCGGUGGUGUUCAUCACAUUUGCAGCAGCGACAAUCGUCAUGAUACUUCGCCUUCUGAGUCGGAGGCUCAAGAGGAUUCCCCUGUCUUGGGAUGACUACUUUGCACUAUGCUGUUAUGCCAUGGCGAUUGCUUGGAUAAUCAUCAUUCCGUAUUGGCUUCGCAAAGGCCUCGGGCUUCACAUCCAGGAUAUCAAAAGCCCGCCAAUCGAAGAUAUACUCUUCCAAAGCAAGCUCCUACUCUUCGUGGCCGAGCUGGUGUACGCGUUCGCCCUCUUUUUCGCCAAACUCUCUAUUUUGAGCUUAUACUGGCGCAUGUUCCAUGUCACCAACAUUAGACUCCCAAUCCAGAUUCUAUUUGGAUGCUCUAUAGUCUGGAUCAUCUUCCGAAUAUUUAUGGGUAUAUUCCACUGUGUUCCCGUUCAAGCUUUCUGGGAUUCCUCUGCCGGCGGAAAAUGUGAAAUCGAAGAUAAGAAGUUCUUCUUUGGAACCACCUUGGUCCACGCUUUGAUCGAUAUCGCCAUCUUGAUCGUGCCGAUCGUGCAAAUUGGAAAGUUGCAGCUGCCUUCCCUGCAAAAGUAUGGCAUCAUGAUCAUGUUUAUGUUUGGUUUCUUCAUCUGUGCGGCCGCCAUAGUGGUUAUUGUCGCCGCCACGCAAUUUGACGCCACAUCGGUAGAUCUAACCUGGAACAUAUGCCCUAUUGUCGUUUGGGCAACAGUGGAGGUGAACCUCGUCACCGUAUCAGCUUGCCUCCCUACCGUCCGACCCGCCUGUAUCUAUCUCUUCACUUGCGCCAACCCGGCGUCGAGGACUAGCGCAAGCUCAAACAACUACGGGCAAAACUACAGUCGCAGUCAGGCCAAGCAGUCGAUCCGCCUCUCAACAGUCAACAAGUCGGGCGCCAACGACGAAUCCAGCUCAACACACCAGCUCGCCGAUUCCGAGGACGGCGGCCGUGGCUCGGUAUCCGACUUUGAGAGCCACGCACUCGACCGGUACCGCGGGAAUACCUCGACUGUCACUGGAACACGUGGUGCUGGCGCCGCGGAGUUUGGCUCAACCUUCGGUGGAAUUAUGGUCAAGAAUGAGACGGUGGUGCGGGUUUCGAAGCCCCGUUAA